UAGCUGAGUCGAGUUCGAGUAGCAAAGUGAACAAUGGACUGCCGGGGUCUCGCCAGUAAUCUUUAAUCAUCGGGUGUUGAAGAACCGCUUUUCUUCCUCUCUUUGAUCUACUGGAUAACUGAACAAUCCAAACAUGUGGAAAGUCCGCGAGAUCGCUGAUAAAGUCACCAAUGUGGUGAUGAAUUACACUGAUGUAGAGGCCAAGGUCCGAGAAGCUACUAAUGAUGAUUCCUGGGGACCAACUGGCCAACAAAUGCAGGAUGUUGCUCAGCACACCUUUACCUAUGAGCAUUUCCCUGAAGUGAUGACAAUGCUUUGGAGAAGAAUGCUCCAAGACAAUAGAAGAAAUUGGCGAAGAACUUACAAAUCGCUGCUACUUCUCAACUAUCUUGUGAAAAAUGGUUCUGAGAGAGUUGUCACGUCGGCAAGAGAACACAUUUACGACCUCAGAGGUCUGGAGAAUUAUUCAUAUUUUGAUGAGAAUGGCAAAGACCAGGGCAUCAACGUUAGGCACAAAGUUAAAGAGCUAAUUGACUUCGUCCAAGAUGAUGACAGACUGAGGGAGGAGAGAAAAAAGGCCAAGAAAAACAAGGACAAGUACAUCGGCAUGUCCAGCGACUCGAUGGGAAUGCGUUUUGGAGGCGGAGGAGGCUGGGAAGACAGUUCAUCUUCAUGGGGUGGAAUGGGCACAGGCGGAGGCGGUGGAGGACGCAGGGACCAGUCAGAAUACUCAGAUUGGGGUGGCGGCGGCGGUGGCAACAACAAGAACUCUGACCGAUUCAGUGACGAGGGUGAACACAAUGAUAGCGACAGCGACGUGCCUUCGCCAAGGCAGCGCGAGAAGAGCAGCAAAAACGAGUACAAGGACAGCGAGAGCCUGGAUUCCCCUGAAAAGAUGUCGCACAGCGGCAAUGGCUUCAAGUCUCCGCUGCCGUCGAAAAACGCUCCCACCACCAAGCAGCCAACUUCAACCAGGAAUAUCAAGAAAGUUGACCUUGGUGCUGCAGCUACAUUCGCCAAAGAAGCCAAGAAGACGAGCCCAGUCAAAACGUCAAGUGAUUUGUUUGCGUCCGUGGAUGACGACUUCAAUCCGCGCGCCAGUGAGCCAGCUGAAACGUCUGAUUUCGGCGAAUUCCACACCGCGGUGGAGACAACCACUUCUCCAAAGUCGGAAGAUGACUUUGCUGACUUCCACACGGCGUUCAGUGACCAGACAAGUUCCUUGCCUGCUUUCAUGCCUUCCGCCAACACUGCUUCCACAGGUGCUGCGUCCAACGCUGACCUUCUGAUGGGCUUGGGCAGCCAGCCGCCAGUGAGUGCGCCAGUCAGCCUGAUGGGAGGUCCUAACCUGUUUGGUGCAAACGCGUUCAGUGGGCCAACCAGGCCAGCUCCGAUGGGCGGCGGCCUGGACGAUUUGUUUGGAUCAAACAACCCUCUCGACUCUGGAAACAUUCCUUCUGCCGUGCUGCGAAUGCGCAAUAGCAAAGACCUGAGCUCGGACCUGCACUUGCUCGAAGCGAACGGUUGCCUCGAGGGGCCGGAGACGCCUCAGAAGUUCAGCGGCCUGGACGCCACUCCACCAAGUCAGUCGCAACUAUGGCAAGACGUCUUGCAAACCAGGCUGAGAAGCAGAGACCCGAGUCCGGAACUGCUAGCCUUCUGUCAGCUCGCGCCUGUGGACGAGCUGCUGAGACAGGCUCUGGAUCUGCUUGCGGCGAGAAACCAGUUGAUCAAAGUGAUUGAGCCCUGUCUGCGGUCUCAGUUGGCGGACUUUGUCCUGAAGCAAUGCAGGUUCUGGCAUGACGAUGAGCAAGAGCUCGAGUGGGCUGCCACAGUCCAGAUAAUCGUCUCCCUUCCUGCCAGGAUCGGAAAUGUCUUGCGAAAAGAGCUGCCCGCGUUUUGCAAGCCUGAGAGUUUCAGUGCCAUUCUAUUCUACCAGUUUGGACUGGUGGUAGAUUUCUUAUCCAAUGCGGAAAAGUGUGCAGUGCCUUGGAAAGUUCACAAGCUGGCUCUCUUUCUGUCCAAACUGUUGGUGAAUUACGGAGGCACUGAAAGUGCUGAAACUUUCUUCCAAGUGGCAGUUUCCGCCAGCCAAAAAGACCAGAACAUUUCUUCUGUGUUCGCCAAACUGCUCAACGCUCUGGAAGGGAAAUCUUGCGAGAAUUUCGUCACUUUGUGGCUCUUGCACGGACCAAUGGACAAAAUCAUCGGGAAAGAGAUUUCCCCUGAGGUGAAAAACCAACUGUUGGUGGUCCAGCCCUUCCUUCGCAGCCACCCAAAGUGCAACCUUCCUCUGAAUCUCGUUGACACGGUUGCCGCCGUGUUGAAAGAAGAAUUUGCUGAUUUUGUUACCAAAGUGGCCUCUGUUUGGGCCAACAAAAGCGCCAUCAGCCAUACCAGCGUUGAGCAGCAGACCUACCUUUCUGAAAUGCUGGUGUGGGCGGCCAAACAUAUGGGCCAGCUGGAAGAAAAGAAAGUUCCUAUCCAAAGAGAAGUCAUGAAUGGCGUGACAAAGAGACUGCAAGACACCUCGCCAGAGAAGAAAUUCAUGUGCAUGGUGGUGGCCGAACACGUUCUAGCAGUGUGUCUUCCGUCUGCUCAACCCCUCAAAUUCGAGUACGACCCUGAAAACGAACUGACGAAGCACCUGAACAACCUGAAAGUCACCGUGGAGACUGCAGAAGGAGAGUGGCUUGAGGUGCUGCGCGAUCUCUUGGAGGAGGGCAAAAGCGAAUUUAUUCCUUUGGUGAAUAAGCUCGAGUCCACCAGACUCUCUGAUAUUUCGAAUGAAUCGGAGAAGCCCUCCAUAAUCCUGGACAGCGACGACGAAGACGACGAAUUCGAGGCGUUUGACAUGUCCGCGGACACGGCUAAGGGCGAGUCGAGGCCAGUAUUCCUCCGCGAACUGCUGCACAAGGUCCAAGAUGACGCAGAGGUGUCGCUCGACGGCGUGGCCGACAUGAUCCGCGCUCAACUCCCAGACGACGACCCCUCCCUUGCGUGCGAGCUGCUGGACACGCUGCUCAACCUCGACCUGAAUAAAUGCGCUGAUGGCGUCGUCGCCGUGAUCGAGGUUCACCCUGAGGAGGCCGUGCAGCACCUGGCCGGCCAGCUGGGCGUGCGGAAUAAAUACGCCAGUCAGUACCUGAGCUGCGUGCUGAAGAGCGUGGGCAGUGCCGCCGCCAACCUGUUCCGCGGUCCCACUUCUUCAGCCGUUGCCUGGGAACCGGCGCCACUGCCAAAGAACUCGCGCCGGAUCCACUCGAGCCGCCCGCCUGUCCUCGAAACGAAGAGUAAAUUCGCUCAGGUGGCCCCGCACUUCCUCUAUCCUCUGCUGCCCGUGCUGCAUGCCGACCACCUGCUGUCCGAACUGCAAGUGCACCUGCUGGCCACCCUGACUGUGAUCACGGCCUGCUCAGUCAACUGCCCCCGUGCGAGGAAAAUGAGCCUGGCCCUGCUGGAGGAGCUGGUGCUGGCGCACUGGCCAUUCACUCACUCGGAUGCAGAAGUGCGGGUCGCUGGACUGAAAUGCCUUCUGAUGGCGCUCACAAACCUGGACGUGCAGGGCGUUUUCGAGUGCAUGCACCGCAAAGAGAUCAGUAGACGACUGCAAGCCAUCGCCAUGGACGACCCUGAGCCCGAGUGUCGCAAAUGGGCUUCCAAAGGACUUGAAAUUCUCCUGUAGAAUUAAUCUUUACCA